AAAAGGAUUAAUUGGAGACAUGUGGAAAGGUCAUCGGAGUCCUCCACGUUGGGAGUUGCCUCUGGUGGUUCGUCACGUAGUGCGAUGGAGAACAGGGGAUAAGGCGGAGACCCGCGUGAAAUUCACACAGUCGUCAACAGCAAUUCGAAGGUGUAGCAAAUCCAUUUCAUCGCUAACAUUUUAUGUGACACUAUUAUCUCAGUAUGGCUGUUGCACUCCUGCUCAUCAAGACAAUCGGAGUUUUGGGGCUUUUUAGUUUGUUAGUUUUUUAUCUGAAGAAGAUACGACUUUAUCGAGCCGCUGCUAAAUUUCCAGGACCACCGGCACUUCCGUUUAUUGGCAAUGCUCAUGCCUUUGUGGGAAGUACCGAGGAUAUAUUAAAAAAAACAACAGAAUUAUAUGACAUGUAUCCGUCGCCCCUGCGAUUCUGGCUUGGAAGUCGGCUAUUCUUCGGAGUUUGCGAGCCCGAGCAGCUGAAGAUAGUCUUCACGAGUCCAAAGACCAUCGAGAAAGAGGAUCUCUACAAAUUCGCACGUCCUUGGCUGGGAACGGGAUUAUUUACGGCACCAGCGUCGAAGUGGCGAGUCCAUAGGAAGUUGAUUCUUCCGACCUUUAACCCCAGGAUCCUAGAGUCCUUCGUAGAAGUUUUCGCCCAGCAGUCUGACAUAAUGGUCCGACAAAUGAAAGUGGAGAUCGAUGGGGACGAGUUCGACGUUUUCAAUUACAUCUCCCUGUGCACCCUUGACAUCAUCUGCGAAACUGCAAUGGGGGUGACGAUGAAGGCACAAACGGAAGGCGAUCCAACGUACGUCGAAUCGGCCAAGAAAAUUUUUGAAAUCUUUUACACCAGGAUGUUUAAAGUCUGGCUGCAUCCUGAUAUUAUUUUCAAUAAUACGCAAUUAGGAAAGGAUCAGCGAAAGUGCAUCGAGUAUUUACACGGACUGACUAAUGAUGUGAUAAAAAAGAAGAAGCAGGAGAUGGAGAGCGGCCACCAAAUAAUCGAGAACACAAAGCCCCGAAAGGCAUUCCUGGACUUCCUGAUGGAGCUGUCCCACGAGGGUACAAAAUUCACCGAUGAAGAGCUACGAGAGGAGGUGGACACGAUGAUGAUCGCUGGAAAUGACACGACAGCCUCAGUGAAUGCCUUCGUGAUGCUGAUGCUGGGGAAUUUUCCAGAUGUUCAGGAGCGUUGCUACCAGGAGCUCGUUACCAUCUACGGGGACAACAUCAACAACGAGACAACUAUAACUCACGAGGAUCUCCACAAAAUGGAAUACCUGGAGAGAACGAUCAAAGAAACUCUGAGACUCUUCCCCGUGGGUCCUGUCCUCGUCAGGCAUGUCAGCGAGGACCUGGACAUCGGGGAUCAGGUGCUCCCCAGGGACUCCUCAGUGGUCAUCGGUAUCCUCAAGAUGCACAGGAAUGAAAAAUACUGGCCUGAACCUCUCAAGUUCGAUCCUGACAGGUUUUUACCCGAAGAAGUUGCCAAACGUCAUCCUUACUCCUUUGUACCCUUCAGUGCUGGACCCAGGAACUGCAUUGGGGUGAGGUAUGCCAUGAUGGCGAUGAAGACACUUAUUGCUACUGUUCUCAGGCACUACGUCAUUAAAAAAGAUCGAAUCGUGGAGAUCGAGGACAUUAAACUCAAGGCUGAUGUCAUGCUCAAACCUGUCGAGCCGAUUUCUGUUAAAAUUGAGAGAAGAAAAAGCUGAACAUCUCCAAAACCUUUUUUUUGUUUCGGUUUUUUUUUUGGGACGAGAGCACAGGAUUUCAUCGCGGCACAAUCGAAAUUAGUAGAAAAAAUCUUGGGAUAUAAAAAAAAAGGGAUUUUAUUUAUUGGGCAUUUUAAACGGAUUCAUCUAGAUAAAUUUAUUUUAUCAUUUUUGUUGCUCUUCCAGCUCAUUAGGGGAUCAAGUCGGAAAAUUUAUGGGGAUUUAGACGAGAAUUAGAAUCCAGGAAAUUUUUUAUAGUGAAUUUUUCGUAAUAAAAUGUCACGAAAUGAUUUUUAAUAGAAUUGACGCAUGACAAAUAGCAGUUUUUAGAAAAUGCUAAGUUUUUCUGCAGAAAAUUUCUGCAUAAGAUGAACCAACAAUCCAGUUGUUAAAGAGUUGAGCAAUUGUUUGGAGUUAGUAGGGAAUAUUCAGGUGUUGAAUUGCGUAAUUCCAUUGCGGAAAUUUUGCACCUCGAUUGUAUAUUUUAUGUACCAAAAUUAUGUAAGUUUAGAUGUGUAAAUAAAAAGAGUUUUAUGGAGA